AUGGCUGCUGACUGGCAGCCCGACUGCCUCGUGCCUCAGAACCAGCCGUCCCUGGAGCCCGCUGUCGGUGCUCAUUCGGAUCGUGCUCUCCAGAAUACCUCUGGGAAUGUCCAGUCCUACUCGGAUAGCCUGGCUCACAACGACCCCACCAGUCAUGAAGAACAACUCCAGCAGUUGGGCUACAAGUAUCCUCAUGCUCACCAUGUCGCUCCUCCUCCUCAUGCUCUGCAAGGCCCCAACGUGCAUCAGCAGGCCGUAGCAGCCAGGCUGCAUGCCCGAAAGCUACGACGGCUUCACUCCGUUGGACCCAAUGUAGCGGCUCGGCGUGCAAGAAGCUACCUCAAGUCCCAAAAGUAUCUGGAAUAUAGGGCACGUCCUCGUCGGGACACUGGCAAGGAUGGAGAAGCCGUAUGGUCGGAUGAAUUGGAAGAUGCGUUCCAGCAGGCCCUCGAAGCAAACCCUCCCAUGGGCCGGAGAAAGUGGUCCGAACGGGGCAAGUCUUAUGGUCGAAACGAGCUCAUUGCGGAGUAUAUUUUCAAAUUGACCGGCAAGAGAAGAACCCGGAAGCAGGUUUCGAGCCAUCUGCAGGUGCUCGACUCGUUCCUGAAGGGCGACCCGGACUGGGAACGCCUGGUACGUGAAGCCUCUGCUGAGCGGUCGAAUGGACAUGCCCAGGCCAAUGGCCCAAAAUGGCGUACCUCAAUGGACCACCCAUCGGUAUCCAGCCAGUAUGGGGGCCAUGCUCAUUCCGGCUAUCCGGAUCAUAUGAGAUCGAUGCAGCCAUAUGGGGAUCUUGCCUCGUCUCACUACAGCAUGGGUCAUAGUAUGCAGGACGCAGGAACGCAUGGUAUCCACGGCUUCAGUUUUGACAUGUGGGUGAGCGCACCUCAGCAGGCCAACCGCAUUGAUAAAGCCCUGCAUGCGUAUACCCGUCUCCAAGGUGACUCGCACCAUCCCGUGGCACCGCCCAUGCCUCUCGAAACUGUUUCGGGAUGGCGGACCUCGUUUCCUCACCUGUCUUCCAUGGUUGAGGAUAUCAAUAGUCCGCUGGACUGCGAUAUCAUCAUGCUGGAGGUCAAUCUCCAACUCAUGAACGACUUUCCUCCGGCGAGGUCGCGCCUAGGUAUCCAGUUAGAUCUGGACUUCGGGCAUCCUACCGCGGGAGAUGUCUUGAUGGUCAGCCAGAUGGAGAACUGGACAUGCAGCACGCACAUCUACGAUGAUGGCCGGAGACUCCUGGAGACAUACCACGACCUGCCCAAAACCCAGUCGACUAAGGUCAAGCCGCUCUUCGAGUCGUCCUGGUGGGCCAAGGUCUUCACGGAGUUGACGCAGGACAAGCGUAUCGCAGAAGAUUCGGGCAACCCUGAAGCCGCCCAUGCCGCCGAAGAGCGCACUCGGCGCUUCCUGCGAUCAUUGACUGCGGUGCAAGAGCUUCGCGCCGUUUCACCCAACUCUCGACGCAUGGCCAAUCACCCGGGCCACCAUGGCGAGGAAAGCAAGCGGAUGGCCGUUUUGGUCUGGAAGUUCCGCCAAACUCGGCCCAAUGAAGUAGGCACCACGACUUGGAGACGUCUGAUCCCACCGCCAGACCGAACGUCGACCAACAGCCCGCUGCCCGCGUCUGGGGUGGACCUCCCGCCUCUUUCCCUGGAUUCGAUUCUGCUCAACAAGCCUUCUCAGAACGUCUACCAGGCAUCGCAGCCUCAGGAACUGAUACACCAUCAGGGCCAGUCCCAGUCUCAAUGGCCCAUGUAUUCGGGUCACGACAACAUGACUCACAUGUUUAAUUCACCGGGACAUCUUGAUUUCAUGAAAUCCGAAGAUGGACUUGGCGACAAGACCUCCGGGUCCUCCGUCCUCGAUUCUUUCCCCACAAGUCUCGCUCCCGAGACCUCCCAACCCACCAGUCUCAGCGUCUCCAGCGGCGGGCCCGUGAUGCUGAACAUGCACGAUCUGCCGCUCUCUCACUCCAGUCUCGGAGGAUACGGGAUGGGCCCAGACGGGUCGCAGUACGUCCCCCCGCAGCAGCACAAUGUCGGCGUGCACGACAGCAACAACCACAUGCUGAACGGCUUCUUUGCGCCCAACACGCAGUCCCUGGACGACCUCAGUCACGGCCAGGCGUCGUGGGGCGCCCACUCAGGCCAGAUGGCUAGCGACGUCGGCAGCGGCAACUACCAUCACCUUCAGUUCCAUGCGCCGGAGCAACAACCAUCCUCGCGGGACUCGCAGCAACAUUUCGACGGCAUUAUGCCGGGCGACGACCUGAUGGACAAGAUCGUCGGACGCAUGUCGAAUCCCGGGCCGGGCAUCCAUGCUCACGGGGCGGGCCCCGACCAUGCCGGUAAUGGCUACGGAGAGAACGCGGUGGAUGCCGUCUAG